AUGGCCGUGGGCUCUCACUCCUCAGAACAAGGCGCAUUGUUGUCGUCUUUUCCAUUUCUCUCAAAUGUUGAGUUCGAGGCCGCCUGCCAUGCCUUUUUGGAUCGUGUUCACGUGGCAGGUAUGUCCACGGUGGGAUGGUCUUCAAUUCAAUUACAGGGAACUGGCCCAAUCCUGAAAAUCUCCCAGAAUAUUGACAUUGGCUGCAAUACCCUAUUGGAUGAUGCUCGAACGUGGCCAGCGGACACUGACGAUGCUCCAGAGUCACAACUAGAAGCGUGGGAGAACGACCCUGACGCUCUUAUUCGUACGCACAAGAUAUCUGAGAGACUGCAGGUAGAUUAUGAUAUCUUUGUCUCACCUAUUUAUCAAGUGCCGGUGCUGUAUCUUAUUCUCCGGCGAGCAGACAAACCGCUAGGUAUAGAUGGAGUCUACGAAUACCUGGUCCCAGACCAGUACAAAAUGAAUAUCCAAGGCGUGGGUAUCAUGGGUGGUAUUAGUUCCGGCUAUCAUCCAAUAUCCGGAACACCAGCGUUUUUUGUGCACCCUUGCAACACUGCAGAUGCCAUGAGGGACAUCGCGAGCGGACAUGACAUCAAUCCCGAGACAUAUCUCAUUAUUUGGCUCGGGUUGGUAGGUAAUAGUGUUCGCCUUCAAUUGCCAAGUGGGCUUUUUGCGAUGGCGGGUAUCCCGGAACUCAGCAAAUAA